UAAAAAUGUAUAUACUCUAUGCAACAAAUCGAGUGCAACAUAGAAAAAUUCUUUUAUCUUCACUUUCGGAUGGAAUACAAGGUGGUCCAAUACCUCAAAAUAACUCUUAUAUUGAAUACUACCAACAAUGUUAAUUUCAUGCUUUUAUUAUAAUGUGCACGAUUUUGUUGCUAAGCCGCCCCACUAUAUGCUCGGAUUAACUCAAACAUUUUAUCCAUCAUUUGAACCAAUUUUCAAUAUAAGUUGAAUCUGAGUUAACUCAGCUUUUGACUGCAAGGUGAAUUAAAAUAAUAUUGACGGACUGACAAACUGACAGACUGGCCUAAGAAACCUAUAUAACGAUUAAAAAUUGUUUGACAGAUGGUCAAUACUUCAUUAGCCCCCCAUUAAAUAUUAUUUUAAUGAGUUUUUAAUUAGGAAUAAAUGAGAUAAUGGAUGCUAUUUAAUUUAGAGUUAAUAUUGAUGCGAAUGUCCUUAUAAAUUUUGAAUGUAACUUACGUAUUAACUACGUAAGUUUUAAACAAAUCAACAGCAUGCUCAUUAAGAAAACCCAUAAGCUGUUAUCCUUGUUAAUAAUUAAGUAUGAUUUCUCAUUAAUGCUUGUAUAAAUACCACAACUCCGAUAACAAUUUAUCAAAGUAAUUCGCGGAAACUUGUCAAUGAUGGUGAAAUUUGAUUCCACUGAAGCAUUUCGUUAUGUGUGGAUUAUCUGGCGUAUCUUCGGGAUUCAUCCAUUUGAGAAAUACAAAAAACUCUACAAAUUCUAUUCACUAUUUAUCAAUAUUGGCAUAACUUUGCUGUCUCCAUUACAACUCAUAGUUCAAGGAUUUUUUGUUGAAUCAUUUCCCGAGCUAAUGAGAAAUAUGUCAACUAGCAUUGAACUUACUUCGUGCUCCUUACAAGUGGUUUUCUUGUUGAUCUAUCGUAAGAGUUUAUUGAAAUCUCAUCAAUACUUACAUGAACUUGACAGUCGAGUUGAUGAAAAUCCUGAUGAUAAAAAAUAUAUGCAGCAAGUCAUAAAAAACUGUCGUAGAAUUUACGUAAUUUAUCAGGUGCUAUUUUGUACUACCCUCGCAACUUAUGGCAUUUCGGGAGCAUUAGCUGGAAGACUAAUGCUAGAAGGUUGGUUGCCAUUCGAUUGGAAAUCAUCAAGGAAUUUGUAUGUUUUAGCUUUUGGAUAUCAGUUUGUGAAUUCUUGUGUUCAGUGCACGAUAAAUUUGACAAUGGAUGUUUAUUCGGUGUUUUACACUUAUGUGAUCUUGGGACAUAUUAAGUGCUUGGCAAAGAGAAUUGCAAAUAUUGGUUAUGACAAUGGACAAAUGACAAGUCAACAGAAUUAUUGUGAACUUAUUCGUUGUGUCAAUGAUCACAGGAAUAUCCUUGACUAUUUUAGCUAUUUGAGCCCUGUUAUUUCGGCUACAAUUUUUAUCCAAUUCAUAGUGACAGCUUUUGUUUUGUGCAUAACGGCACUUUGUUUUUGCAUGUUUGAUGACCUUUCAUUCAAAGUAACUUCGUUUUGUUACUUAACUUCAAUACUGAUUGAAGUAUUUCCUUGCUGCUAUUUGUUAAGUGAAAUAAUGGAGGCCAGUACAAAUUUGACAACAGCUGUAUACUCUUGCAAUUGGAUGGAACAGGAUUUGAAAUUUCGCAAAGCUAUAAUAAUAUUUAUGCAACACACACAAAAACCUAAUACUAUCAAUGCUGGGAAUAUGAUACCAAUAUCAUUACCAACAUUUAUGGAUCUUAUACGUGUAUCAUUCUCAAUAUUUACACUUCUAUCAAGUUUUUAAAUGGAAAAUAAGCUAAGAUUUAUUAUAAUGCAACAAGCAAAUGAUGCUAAUCAUGUUCUUUUUAAUCUUAGUUCAAUAUUAAAAUGACAAUAAAGUCAGUUUAUUGUAAAAACAUAUUGAGUUUCAUAAUACGAGUAUCGAUUAA